CAUGGGCAUUGGGCGGUGCUGGAGAGCACACGCUCCAACGAAGAAAAGAAAGAGGAAAUUAUGUAGAAGAGAACAAACCAACUGCUUAAGACGUCAAAGGAUAUGGGUUUCUCUGCUGGUUAGCCGAGAAGGGUUUUCCUGCUGACGUCCGGGAGGCUCUUGUCGAUGGGUUCUGUUUAGAUUUAGCUUCUGUAUUUGUUCCCCUUUUGUUAAAACUAUUAUGAUGGGUAAUGAUAUUGAAGAUGAUGAUUCAUUCUCUAGGCCUGUCGGAAGACGGUCGGUCCUUUACUAUGGUGUGGGGCACAUGCUGAAUGACAUCACUUCUGCCUGUUGGUUUACUUAUCUCUUAUUGUUCUUGACUGACAUUGGACUUUCUCCAAGGGAUGCUGCUACGGUUAUGCUUUCGGGUCAAGUAGCUGAUGGAUUCACAACCAUAUUUGCUGGUGAACUGAUAGACAGGUUUGGACAUUUCAAAGUAUGGCAUGGUGCAGGAUCCAUUUUGGUUGCUGUUUCAUUUUCUUCUGUUUUUGGCGGUUGCAUACCUUGUAAAAUCUUUGCUACCUCUUCAUCAACAUUGCGAACUGUUGGCUAUGCCAUGUUUGCAGCAAUCUUCAAUGUGGGUUGGGCUGCUGCACAAGUUUCACAUAUGUCUAUGGUGAAUUGCAUCACGCUGAAUUCAACAAGUCGAGUAGUGCUGAAUAGCUGUCGCAAUGCUUUUACGAUGGUUGCCAAUCUCACCUUAUACGCAGUUGCUCUAAUAGUCUUUGCUGUCACCAAAGCAAUAACAAAUGCUGAUGUUGAAAAUCAGUAUCGCUGGAUUGCAUAUUCGUCAAUUUUUUUCGGAUGCUUCUUCGUGGGCAUAUUUCAUCUUAGAACCAAAGAGCCAAGGUCAAAGGUACAAGGUAAUAGUCACGCAAGGAUUGCAUGGGCUUACUGGUUCAAGAGAGUUCUGUAUUAUGAAGUUGCUCUUGUUUAUGUGCUCACCAGAUUAGUAACCAAUGUUUCACAGGCGUAUCUUGCAUUUUAUGUUAUUAAUGAUCUACGAAUGGCCCAAUCAGCUAAAGCUCUGGUUCCAGCCAUAAUCUACAUUUGCAGCUUUAUCGUAUCUGUGAUUUUACAGGAGAUUGGAUGGACUGGCCAACGCCUGAAGGCCUACUAUUCUGCUGGAGGCAUUCUUUGGAUGUUUUGUGGUGCAUCGAUCCUUCUCUUACCUAGAAGCAUGAAUGCUUUCAUGUACAUUAUAUCAAUAUUUAUUGGUAUAGCAAAUGCAUUGAUGACGGUGACUGGAGUAAGCAUGCAAAGUUUUCUAAUUGGUGAGAAUCUUGGUGGCUGUGCAUUUGUGUGUGGAUCAUUGAGCUUCUUGGACAAAAUCGCAUGUGGGCUUGCCUUGUAUGUUCUUCAGUCGUUCCAAAGUUCCUCUCCAGCAGUUCAUUUGACCAGUCCAAUACAUGUCUAUAUUUCAGUUACAAGGAUUGGUUUGGGUCUCAUACCACCAUUUUGUUCACUAGUUGGGGUGGCAGUUACAUACACCAUGAAACUCCAUACCCCUUUUUCGAAACCUAUGAUGGAGCCACUGUUGGAAUAGAGUGUGAACAAAACAAUUUCCUUUAGACAACUCUUUCUUUAAGAUGUUCGAGCAUUUGCUGCAGGUUUGAUUAUUUUCCUGGAAAAAUUCUCUAUAGUGUAGCAAUUACAUAGGAAAGGACACAAUCUUUGGCUACUGAUCUGGUAUAGAAAGCAUGAGAAUUUCUUCUUCUUCAUUGAAUUCAAUUCUUUCAUUGAAGUCAUUGUUAUCAUACCCGCCGGACUUGUUUAUGAAUAUAAUCAUACGAUGUUUAAUUUGUAUUCAAUGAUGAAAAUUCCAUUCAUUGAGUUUUCAAAUAUGAAUAUAUCCUCACAAUUAUAAGGAGGACAAUUUGUUCUAGAUUUAAGAAUUGAAUUU